GGCGUGGCACUCCUGUGUCACCGAGUCCUGAUUGGGCGGCGGGCGUGAGAGGCGGGGGCGGCAGGGAUCCGAGCUGCGCGGGUCCUGCUGGGCUGUCGGUCGGUGCGCGGAGAUGAGGAAGGUGGUCCUGGUCACCGGGGCGAGCAGUGGCGUCGGCCGAGCGCUGUGCCAGCGGCUGCUGGAGGAGGACGACGGGCUGCACCUGUGCUUGGCGUGCAGGAACCGGGGCCGGGCCGAGGCCGUGCGCGCCGCGCUGCUGGCCGCCCGGCCCUCCGCCCAGGUGAGCACCGUGCAGGUGGACGUCUCCGACCUGCGCUCGGUGCUGCGGGCCGCCAGGGAGCUCAGGCGCAGGUUUCAGCGGUUAGACUAUGUGUACCUGAACGCCGGGAUCAUGCCCAGCCCGCACCUGAACGUCGGAGCGGUGCUCUCCAGUCUCUUUUCAAGAAAGGUGAUCCACGUGUUCUCCACCGCGGAGGGGCUGCUGACCCAGGACGACAGGGUCACUGCCCACGGCCUCCAGGAGGUCUUUGCAACCAAUGUCUUUGGCCACUUUGUCCUGAUUCGGGAGCUGGACCCCCUCCUCGGUCGCGGUGACAGCCCGUCUCAGCUCAUCUGGACGUCGUCCCGCAGCGCCCGCAAGGCCAGCUUCAGCCUGGAGGACUUCCAGCACAGCAAGGGCCAGGAGCCCUACAGCUCCUCCAAGUACGCGCUGGACCUCCUGAGUGUGGCCUUGAACAGGAACUUCAACCAGCGGGGCCUGUUCUCCAGUGUGGUGUGCCCGGGGACCAUGCUGACCAACCUGACCUACGGGAUCCUGCCCCGCUUCGUGUGGACACUGAUAAUGCCGAUCAUAUGGCUGCUUCGCUUCUUUGCAAACGCUUUCACCUUGACGCCGUACAAUGGAGCCGAGGCCCUGGUGUGGCUCUUCCACCAGAAGCCCGAGUCCCUCAACCCUCUGACCAAGUACCUGAGCGCCACCACCGGCUUCGGGAGCAACUACGUGACGACGGAGAAGAUGGACCUCGACGACGACACUGCUGAGAAGUUUUACCGGAGCCUCCUGGAGCUGGAGAGGCACCUGCGGGCCACCCUGCUGAGCCCCGACUAGCAGAGCGGCGGUGGCCGGAGCGCGCGCCCUCUGUCCUCUGUGCCGGGCCCCUGGCCCCUGGCGCGGGGAUGGUGUUGUUUGUGGUGAAGUGAACGCUCCGUCUCCCUUCUGUCCGGCGUUCUCUCCAAGGCCGUGUGUGCUCGUGGAAAAGGUUCACAAGUGAAAGUCACUUGGCUGUUCUCCAGAGUGGUGGCCCACCCAGCUCAGCCAGAGCCCCCGCUGCCACCUCCUCUCGGGGCUCCUGUCCCACCAGCUGGAGCCCCAGCCGGGCUCCGGGCCAGGCCUGGCAGGGACACGGCCACUCUGAGUGACAGGCUCAGCUGUGCCCUUGUCCCGGGGGCAUUUUCUUAGGCCUUUCCCUUAACCUUCCCACUGCUCCUACCAGCCCCACGCUCCAGCCUGGCCUCUCCUUCAGGCGCCACCUGGCUGUCGCAGGAACUAAGGAACUAGUGUGCUGGGGCCGCCUCAAUUAUUUCUUACAAUUUUUUUAAAUUUAAGGGACAAUUUAAAAGUAUAUUUGUAUUGAUUUCAUAGAGGAAAGGAGAGGGAGAUAAAGAUGAUGAGAGAGAAUCAUCAGUUGGCUGCCUCCUGCAUGCCCCCUCCUAGGGACUCAGCCUGCAACCUGGGCAUGCGCCCUGACCUUGACCAGGAAUCGAAACGUGACAUCCUGGUUCGUGGGUCAGCGCUCAACCACUUAGCCACACCGCUGGGCUUUCUUACUGUAUUUUAAAAGCGUCAUCUUGACAUUGAGGUCAGUCCAUGUUACCAUGGGCCUGGCUCUUAACACCAUCUGCAAAUCUGACCAACACAUUACUGACCAACACAUUUUCAUGCCCAUGUUUUAAUGGAUGUAAACUUGGGCAAGAAUGAUUCACUCACAUUUUAUGUUUCAAUAAAAUUUUCCAGCUGAGCUAUUGCUGGUGUUGGCAGUGGUCAGAGGCAGUGGUCGGAAGUUAAUUCAGACUUUGUUUCCAUGACAUGAAGACAAAAUGCUGAAAUGCUUAGAUGUUUUUACCCUAAAUAUAACCAACACCUGGGACACAAUAAAGUGAGUGAUGUUUCGGAUGAGUCAAUAACAGUGAAAAAUUAUAUUUAAAUAUAAUUUCUAUACAUUUUGAAGUAUGAAAUUUUUAUUAUAAUCUCUCUAAUUUUGUUGCUAAAGAUAUUUUCAAUAAAGUUGGACAUUCUAUAGGCAAAAA